AUGGCAGGUGUCCCGACCGAGCCUGUACCAGUGACUGAUGCUGCCGUGCCCGUCACCAGCGCAGUUCAGAUGGGUAGUGGCGUACCCAUCAGCACCACUUAUCCCAUGGAGACCGGUGCUCCUCAGGUAGUUUACACCUCAUCGCCAUAUGUGAUGCCUGGUGCUGCCUCCGUCAGUGCCAUGCCCAUGACCAGCUAUACCACGAUGCCAAUGGCCUACAGCGGUUUGGACCACUCCCAGGGCAAAUGGUUCGCCCCGGGCGAGGCGUUGCCGCCCGGAUUCAUCAUCACGGCGCACCCCGAGGGUCACACUGCACCACAGGAGGGCCACACCAUGUCCGACAAGGCCCGUGAGAGCUUUGUGAUCACCACCGGCACCGCCGGAACCAAAGCUGGCGCUGCACCCAAGGCGCCAGUGGAAGAUGUGAGGUCCCUAGGCGAAGAAGAGCAAGAAGAAGAAGUCCAGCGGCUGCUGCUGAGUGCGCUGGACUGCGAGGGCGUUGCACCGCUGAGAUGUGCAACAUCUCCGGUUCAGAUGGGCAGCGGCAUUCCCGUCAGCACCACCUAUCCCAUGGAGACGGGUGCUCCUCAAGUGGUCUACACCUCUUCGCCAUAUGUGAUGCCCGGUGCUGCCUCCGUCAGUGCCAUGCCCAUGACCAGCUACACCACGAUGCCAAUGGCCUACAGCGGUUUGGACCACUCCCAGGGCAAAUGGUUCGCCCCGGGCGAGGCGUUGCCGCCCGGAUUCAUCAUCACGGCGCACCCCGAGGGUCACACUGCACCACAGGAGGGCCACAUGAUGUCCGACAAGGCCCGUGAGAGCUUUGUGAUCACCACCGGCACCGGAACCAAAGCUGGCGCUUCUCAAUGGCUGGAAUGCUUCAAUGCUGCGCCAGAGCAAGAAGAGCAAGAAGAAGAAGUCCAGCGGCUGCUGCUGAGAACGCCAAACUGGACUCUUGCGAGAUCUUGAGAGGGCGGGUGGAUUCCCUCAGUACCAGCCAGACUUUGGAUUCAUGCUAUAGCUGUACAAAAGCAAUGACUGGGAGCACGGUGCUCCAGGGUUGUGUCUGGUUGGUGGUCUAGCCCUCAGCGUUCACUCUUGGACCCCUACCGGGGCCGUAUCAUACGUACCGUGGCAGUGGCACCGUCUCGAUCAGGGCACCACAAGGUGUCUGGUACCGGGAUGGAAUCUCAAUCCGCCACCUUUUUGCGAAAUGA